GCGGGAGGCUGAAGGUCAGGUGCGCGCUGACGUCACCAGAGCGGUUGGAGCUCGGCCGAGAUGGCGGCGCUGGCGGGCGGGAGGCUCAGCCUCCGACAGAUACUCCUGGCCUGGGUGGCUCUUUACAUUGCUCUGACAGAAGCUGUGGACAGAAGUAACUUUAAGACCUGUGAACAAAGUUCAUUCUGCAAACGACAAAGGAACAUUAAACCAGAAAAUUCUCCGUAUCGAGCGCUGCUCAACUCCUUGGAGGUGACUGAGAAAAGCAUCAAGCUGCAGCUAAUCAAUGAAGUCAAUAAGGUUCCUCUACUGCUUGAAGUGUACGGUCUGCAAGGCAACAUGACCAGGAUUAAAAUUAACGAGUUGAUUCCAUUGAAACCCAGAUACGAGGUCCAAGAUGUAUUAGUACAAGAUCCACCUACUGUACCCCUAACGGUUAUCGGGAAGGACGAAAGCAGCCUAGAGCUGGGUUUCGGCAACAACCUGUAUAAGCUGAUCAUCACCUCCAAACCGUUCAGGAUGGACAUCAUGACUGGGAACGAGCUGCUGCUCAGUAUCAACUCCCGGGGACUGAUGGUGUUCGAGCACAUGCGCAAGAGGAAGGACUCUUACACGGAAAAAAUUAGUAGCACAGUCGGUAGCAUGUGGAGUAAGAUCAAGAACGUGUUCAUUAGCGAGAAGAAAGACGAAAGUGCGGAGAGUGAGGAAGUGAAAAAGGAGCUGGAGCCUGACGAUGGCAAAACGGAUCCAGUGGGGCAGCCCGAAGACGCAGAUUCUCAAAAGGAGAGCGAGGCGACCGAGGACGAGGCUGGAAUGUGGGAGGAGACAUUUAAAACUCAUACGGACUCCAAACCCAAUGGUCCUACAUCAGUCGGUCUGGACUUCUCCCUGCCUGGCUUCGAGCAUGUGUAUGGGAUCCCUGAGCACGCUGAUAACCUGAAGCUCAAAACUACAGAUGGUGGAGAUCCAUACCGCUUGUACAACCUUGAUGUGUUCCAGUACGAGAUAUUCAACCCCAUGGCACUCUACGGGGCGGUUCCUUUAAUGCUGGCCCACAAUGUUCGCCGCACCCUGGGGAUUUUCUGGCUUAACGCUGCGGAGACUUGGGUUGACAUCAGCUCCAACACAGCCGGGAAGACCUUGUUUGGGAAGAUGCUGGACUACGUGCAGGGAGCGAAUGAAAUUCCCCAGACGGACGUCCGUUGGAUGUCGGAGAGCGGAAUCAUUGAUGUUUUCCUGCUGCUCGGGCCAUCUCCGUUGGACGUCUCCAAGCAGUACGCCUCGCUCACAGGUACACAGGCCCUCCCCCCACUAUUCGCCAUCGCCUACCACCAGUGCCGCUGGAACUACAAUGACGAGAAUGACGUGCAAACCGUGGACGCUAGCUUCGACGAACACGACAUCCCGUACGACGUCAUCUGGCUGGACAUUGAACACACGGACGGGAAGAGGUACUUCACCUGGGACCCCAACAAGUUCCCCAAUCCCAAGGACAUGCUGCAGAACCUGGCCUCGAAGAAGCGCAAGAUGGUCAGCAUUGUCGACCCCCACAUUAAGAUCGAUAGUGGUUAUAGGAUUCACAAUGCUAUCCAGUCCAAAAACCUCUACGUCAAGACAAAGGAUGGAAACGAUUAUGAAGGCUGGUGCUGGCCAGGCUCCGCAGGAUACCCUGACUUCACCAACCCUGAGAUGCGAACUUGGUGGGCCAGUAUGUUUGCUUAUGAUCAGUACGAGGGGUCCAUGGACAACCUCUACACGUGGAAUGACAUGAAUGAGCCCUCGGUGUUCAAUGGACCGGAGGUCACCAUGCUCAAGGACAACGUCCACAUGGGUGGCUGGGAGCACAGGGAUGUUCACAACCUCUACGCCUUCUACGUGCAAAUGGCUACAGCUGAGGGGCAGAUCCAGCGCUCCGGGGGCACAGAGAGGCCCUUCGUCCUCACCAGAGGGUUUUUCGCUGGUUCCCAGCGUUAUGGCGCCGUGUGGACGGGGGACAACUCUGCCGAGUGGGAGCACCUGAAGGUGUCGCUGCCCAUGUGCCUGUCCCUGGCACUGACUGGCAUCUCCUUCUGUGGAGCGGAUGUCGGUGGUUUCUUCAAGCACCCCAGCCCCGAGCUCCUGGUGCGCUGGUACCAGGCUGCAGCCUACCAGCCCUUCUUCAGAGCCCACGCCCACCUGGACACCCCCAGACGUGAGCCCUGGCUCUUCGGGGACGACAACAAGCAGCUGAUUCGGACGGUCAUUCGGGAGCGUUACGCCCUGCUGCCCUUCUGGUACACCAUCUUCUACCACGCGUACAAGACGGGAGAGCCCGUCAUGAGACCGAUGUGGGUCGAGUUCCCCGGAGAUGCUGAAACAUUCGGUCUUGAUGAGCAGUACAUGCUGGGUAACGCGCUCUUGGUUCACCCGGUCGUGGAGCAGAAUGCCCGAGGGGUGCAGGUUUACCUGCCGGGGAGCGGCCAGUUCUGGUACGACACACACAGCCACCAGCGAUACACUGGCCCGCAGAACCUGUACGUCACCGUCACCCUCAGCUCGGUAAAUCCCAGUCUACAGAGAGGAGGCACUGUCAUUCCUCAGGAACGUGUCCGGAGAUCAUCGUCCUGCAUGCAUGAUGAUCCCUACACCCUCAAUGUGGCGCUGGAUGCUCAGAACGCUGCCAAAGGGGAUUUGUUUGUUGACGACGGCCACACGUUCAACUUCGAGAAGAAGGACGAGUAUCUCCACAGGAGGUUCACCUUCGCAAACAAUUCCCUCACCUCCAGGUCUGCUACUUCCAAGGGUCACUUCAGCACCCCUGCCUGGAUAGAGAGGGUGGUUGUCCUGGGAGCAAGGAAACCCUCAGCUGUUAUCCUCAAACUUCCUGAUGGAACCGAAUCGAGCCUGGACUUCGAGCACAAAGCUGAGCCCCCAGUCCUGACCAUCCGCAAACCAGCUGUGAAUGUGGCUGCUGACUGGACGCUGUACAUCCUAUAACGGUGUCCGAUGGACUCUCCCCUCUCGCUCUCUCGGUAGGGUAGUCAGCUGUUCUAAUCGGCCCGGGACAGAAUCAUGGAUUUGAAACCUCUGCUCCUCUUGGUGUACAUUUUGAUUGAACGGAGCACCCUUGGUUUGGAAACUGCCUUGCUCUCUGCUGGCUCUUGGUUUUAGUAACCAGAACCAAGGACUCUUCCCUGUCUCUCUGCUCCUCUCUCCCCUAAUGUGGCACCAUUAAAGUUCAGAUGCUGUCCUGCUCUCUGCCAUUCCUUACUGCUGUAUGUCUUGCUUGUACACACCACCUCCCACUGGUAAUUCCCUUGGCUUUGUCUCCUCACACUGCCUUGAUGUAUGGACCAGUAACUGUACCCUCCCUUUCUCUGACUAUCCUCGCCCUUUUGCAGUUAUUUUUGUACCUUUUUAAGUGUUUUUUUUCUUGGAGAAUGAAGAUGAUCCCCAUUCUGCUCACAAACCAAUAGCAAUGCUGAAGCUGGGCUUUAGUUUCCAGGGGUCAGCCUGCCUGGUACCUUCUUGGGAAAGAAAUCUUUGGCGGACCAUUUAUCUAACUUUCCCAGGCUUGCUGCCUGCACCCAGACACGAUACUUUAACGUGGUAACGUGGCUCUGCUGUACCCCUGGAAAGUUUAAUGACCAAAUUUUGCCUGCAGGUAUUUGUGCUUCUCCUCUGAGCUGCUACCCUGAUGGAGAGAGGAGCUUGGUUGGAAAGUUUCCAACAUUUUUGGUUCUCAGUUCUCUGCACUCUCUCUGAUUCUGGGGCUAUUCCCCGCCCCCAC